GUUGUUAGAAGUCUCGUAGCGAUGUAAUCGAGGAACGUCGUCGCAAAGAUCAGAGAAGUUGUACCAUCUAUUGUUUCUGGGUCGCCGCGACGAAUGUAGUCACGAGCAAAAACAGCAAAAAGGCAAUGGCGGCUAUUCUUUAGACGGUCACCGAAUUUAUUAUGAAAAAUUUUGGAAAAAUGUGAUCUACGCGUCGUAUUCAACGAAAAGAAAUUCGAGGUGUGGUGCGAAGGUGGAGGGGUGGUAUUGGCUGCAGGAACAGAAUGGCACACAGUAUGUGCACACAAUGGCUAACAAACAAAUGGAGCAACUAUUAAGUUCGAUGAGUAAUGAAUGGUGGUUAAUAGUGGAGCAAAUAGAGAAGAUUGUCGGCAGGCAGGAAGGAGUAAACAAUCGAGUGUGCCUAAGUAAUGAACGAGACUCGGCAUCAUCUUCACUCGGUCUCGGACUUAUAUGCAGCCGACGAGAUAGAGGUGCUUCUCUUAGAGGAGAUUCGUGACCUGGAAUUACCACCCUCUGCGUAUUCUAGACCUGAGGAUAUUCAAGACUUUGAAAUCGGUACGAUAACAAUGAAAACAGGCAGUAGGACAGGGGGGCAAAUUAGCUCCCAACCUUUGGAGCUGGAUUCACCAGGGGUCCAUUCGACAGUCCAUUCAUGGGACUCGCAUGCUAAUUAUCAUGGUCAAUACGACUAUGGCGAUCACCAUGGCUCUUCCUCUAAUCCUUUGGCUUGGCCAAGAGCAAGCCACUUGGUUCUUUAUUGCGACAUACAGGGACACUUUAAAACAGCUAUCGGUGUUGUUAGACUCUUACUACUUAUAUCAUCUGCAGCGUGUUUGGCAACGUUAUGCAGCUCCGGCACUGCCAAGGUCAGCUUAUUUAUGUUGCCUUUAGUCGGACGGCUGCGUUUCAUGAUCUUUGUAGCAGUUUUCUGUUUUUUGGUCACUGCGUUGCUCCUCUUCCUUGAUAUUUCGCACGUUGUCUAUGUUUUCCCUCUUAAUUGGGCUAAAUUGAAUGCUUGGGUAUUCACUGGUAUAGGCUUAUCUUAUGCCUUGAGUAGUGCGUUAUUGGCAUGCUCUAUAUGGGAAUACCACAGUGGAGGCUGGGUGCCAAAACGCACUCGUUCUCAGUUAUCUGCUGCGGCAGCACUCGGUCUGUCAUGUGCUAUUUUAGCAUUCUUACUUUCAUGGAUACACGGUCGCAGCGGCUCUAGUUGUAGGAGUCCGGAUAGUCGUAAUCAUACACCAACGCAACUUUACAAACCUGUUGAUAAUUCUUCCUCUUCUGGAGUAACUCUGAAAGAACGUAGCCCUAAGAGGCCUACUUCGUGGGUGGUGAAAAAUCAACAGUCAAAGAAACAAAAUGCGGAUAGUGAUACAAAUACGAAUAACGGUCAUCACGACAAUGAUAAUCACGCAAAAUAUAAACAAGGUGUUAAUAGGAAAGAUCAUUGGGCUUCUGCGAGGCAACAUUUUUUACCUUCCGAGGAGAAUACAGAAGAUAAUCAAAGGGACGAUGUUGACAUUGAAAGGAGAAGAAGAAGGCGAAGAAGAGAUGGUGAUACUAGUUCGACGGGCGAUGGGAAUUUAAUAAGUACCAAAACUGAUAGUGGUCAUAUUACGGACGAUAAUAAAACUAGACGGGUACCGCGAAAAUUACCUCUGCAAUCGGUGGAGCAAUCUAGGCCUUGGCCUGGCGCCGAGCAUAGAGGCAGUGGUUCUAUGCAAGUUAGGAAUAAAAGUUCGCAAAUGCCAGUUUACGGUAACGUACAGGGCUAUUGCGGCAUAAAUGAAUCUAGUUCGAUGCAAGUGACUCAAAAUGGUUUCCACUGGGAGAUGGAAUGCACGUCCACUAACAGCAUUGAAAAAGCGGAAACAACCAUGGCUCGUACAGCCAUGUGGUCUGGACAAUGGCAACCACCACCCGACGACGUUCAACCUUGUUCUAGCAAAACUAUCGAUCCUUACGACUUUGCCUGACU